CUGAAUCCUCAACGAGAUUCGGUUCAUAAGAAGUUCUCUAGUAAACCGAGCAUUACUGCUACAGUGUAUGUUGUGUAUAAAUCCAUCUCAAACGAAAUCCAUUCUUCUCGGGAACCGACGGUCUAAUAUGAGUGCAUCAGCUGCACGUUUAAUCAAGCCUGUUCUUUAUGGAUAUUAUAGAAGUUCAUGCUCUUGGAGAGUACGGAUAGCGUUUGCAUUGAAAGGGAUUGAAUAUGAGCAAAAGGCAGUAAAUCUCAUCAAGGAUGGCGGGCAACAGCUUACAGAUCAAUUUAAGGCAAUAAACCCAAUGCAGCAAGUGCCUGCAGUCACCAUUGAUGGCAUCACCCUGUCUCAGUCGUUGGCCAUCAUCCAGUACAUUGAGGAGACUCGUCCAGAGCCCAGCCUCCUGCCUGCAGACCCAAAGCAGAGGGGUCAGGUCCGCAUCAUCUGUGACAUCAUCGCGUCUGGGAUCCAGCCCCUCCAGAAUCUGUAUGUGCUUCAGAAAAUUGGAGCAGAGAAGGUACAGUGGGCUCAGCAUUUCAUCAACCGAGGAUUUGAGGCCUUAGAGCCUAUUCUGAAGCAGACGGCAGGGAAAUACUGUGUUGGCGAUGAGAUAUCCAUGGCAGAUAUUUGUCUUGUGCCUCAAGUCUACAAUGCUGAAAGGUUCAAGGUGGAUAUGUCUCAGUUCCCUACCAUCAGAAGGUUAAACCAGACCUUAAUUGAGAUUGAUGCUUUCAAAGCCAGUCAUCCAUCCUGUCAGCCUGAUACUCCUGAUGAUUUGAAGGCAUAAUCUGAAUGAUUAAAACAAUCAAUAAAACAUUUUGAUAAUCA